AGGGUUUUGUUAUUGUUAUGACCUUUCCAGGGAAGAUAAACUAGUGGAGCGUGCCAAAGCACUUAAGGUUAAUGCUGGAACAGAACCAGAUGUAGACCUUGGUCCAGUGAUUAGCAAGCAGGCGAAGGAACAGAUAUGCAGAUUGAUUCAAACAGGUGUUGAAAGUGGUGCAAAACUGGUGCUUGAUGGUAGAAACAGUGUGGUUCCAGGGUAUGAGCGUGGAAACUUCAUUGGUCCCACCAUCUUAUCUGAUGUUACCGCUGACAUGGAGUGUUAUAAGGAGGAAAUUUUUGGCCCGGUUCUUCUUUGUAUGCAGGCUGACAGCAUCGAAGAGGCUAUAAACAUCGUCAACAAAAAUAAAUAUGGCAAUGGAGCUUCAAUUUUUACGACAUCUGGUGUGGCUGCAAGAAAAUUCCAGACUGAGAUUGAAGUUGGCCAGGUUGGCAUAAAUGUUCCUAUAUCAGUUCCAUUGCCCUUUUCCUUGUUUACUAGCUCCAGGCCAUCUUUUGCGGGUGAUCUUAGUUUUGAUGGCAAAUCUGGACUUCAAUUUUACACCCAGAUCAAGACUGUGACUCAACAAUGGAAGGAUCUACCGGAGUGAUGGAGCUGCCCUGUCAACGUCGAUUUCAUAGAGAGGAUGUUGGACAUUGAUUUGGGACUCAUCUUUUAGUCCAUAUGGGAUCUUAUUAUUAGUAAGCCAGAAUGUCUUAUUGGUAAAUGUCUAUCUGUACAUAGAUGUCUUUAUAAUUAAAUUAUAUUUUAGAGUUUACUACAAAAAAUAUUAGAGUUAAAGAGUGGAUCAAUAAGGACAAGGUUCAACAGCAGUCUCGUUUUCAA